UUUUGCAGAGGCAGACAAGUUUUCUAACUCAGUGGCUAGAAGUGUGGAAAUAAUAGCGGACUGAAGUGGACCAGAGAGGGGAAACAUGAACAGCACGGGUUACCUUCAGCAAGGUGAGGAGACUGAGGGAGGCUCGGUGGGGGCCUGCGUGAUUCUGGGUGUGUGCUUCUUGGUGGGCACACCUGGGAACCUGCUGGUAGUGUGGACCAUCUUGAAGCAUGUGAAGCAACGAUCAUACACGGUGCUGCUCAUCCUCCACCUAGCAGUUGCAGAUCUCCUAGUGCUGAUCACUCUGCCUCUUUGGAUCUACUCGCUGGCUCAUUCCUGGGUGUUCGGAGAGGCUGCCUGCAAAGCCAUGACUUACAUCAUCAAUGCUUGUAUGUACAGCAGUGUUUUCCUCAUUACCAUCAUGAGUGUGGAGCGCUUCCUGGCUGUCAGGUACCCCUUUGCUUCAGCUGGAUGGAGGAGAAAACAAGCACUGAAUAAGAUAUUAUUAGUGGUGUGGGUGGCUUCAUUUCUCCUGAGUAUUCCUGUUAUUGAGACUCAGACUUUGGGCGGCGAUCAAGUUCAGUGUACGUUCAGACAUUAUGAUUCUGAUACACAGGAGGCUGUGCUGCUGAUUUUAGAAAGUCUUAUAGGCUUUGUCAUCCCUUUUUCCACUCUGUUAGUCUGUUAUGGCUGCCUCUUCAGUAGAAUAGCACAGAUGAACUUCAAGUCCAAGCGAAAAUCGACAGUUCUCAUUUGCAGCGUGGUGGUGAUGUUUGGAGUCUUCUGGAUCCCACAUCAUGUGGGGAACUUUCUUUCCCUCAUCGCACUCACUCUCAAGUCCUCACACACUGAAGUGGCAAAAAACUUGGAGGAUGCUUGUACCACAAUGAGCAUUAUAGCAGGAGCCCUAGUGUUCAUUAGUAGCUCAGUAAAUCCACUGCUUUAUGUGUUUGCCGCACGUUCCUUCCGCAGCUCGCUAAGAGAAACUGGAAUACAAAGGCUGUUCCAGCAUCUAUCCAGUGCAGCCACAGGCGAAGGGAAUAAAGAGUUAUCGUUUGUGUCUAAAAGACAUAGUUCACACACCAGCACCUCACAUUGUCUAACAGAGUCAAAAUUGCCUGUAGAUGCAGUUAUGGAAUCAUUCAUCAAUACCUCAGCCUGACUCUGUAAGAACCUAUAUACACAGAAACUAUAUAACAAUCAAGAAAAAUAACCACUGUUAACUGCUGUCUACCAAAAUUGUGCAUAAUGCUUUAAAUAUUAUUUUGUAUUCCAGAACUGUCCUCAAAAUGAAAUGGCUAUAGAUAAUGUAUAUUUGUAUUAUGUAUGGGUGAAAUAUAUGUGUUUUGUGUUUGUUUGUGUAAAAGAAUGGCAUUAGUGGCAUUUUAUUAUGUAAAUUUUUUAGGUGAAAAUUUAUUUAUAAUGAAAUCGCCUCUACAUAUUCUACAAUGAACCCCCUUUUACAGUAGAGAUAUAUUUUAAUUGUCUGUUUAGGAAAAAAAUUUGCUGACUUAAAAUCUUUGUAUUACAUAAAACUGAUUUAAGCCAAAAGAAUCACGUUAUUGCACACUUUAAUUUGCAGUGCUUAAUAAUUUCAACAUCUCCCUUUUCCUCAUAUUGCAACAUGUGUGCGUGUUUAUAACUUGUAGCAUGUGAAAAGGGGAAGUGGGCAUUAAAUGCAACUGAGGUCAGUCUGGAGGAAGAUUUUGUCUUUUCCAUUGAGGCGUUGUUCUGUUCUGUCAUUUUUUUUUCCUCAUGAAAAUCAAACAUUUGUUUUGGCUCUUUAUCAAAUUUGGCCCUAUUCACUUUCUUAAUACUUGCUUCUGGUCUUAUUGUGUUGACUCAUUUGAAAAUAUUUGUCUUCAUAAUCUUUUUUCAAAACAUAACUCCACAUUUGCAGCAACUUCCUUUUUUUGGUUGACAUCCCCAAUCCCUAUUUUUUUUCAACCCUUCCCUUCCAACCACCAGUCAGAGACAACUUGUCACAAUACAAUCAAUUAGUUUUUCUCUAAUGUCCUCUUUCACUCUAAAAAUGUGUCACAUUACAAAAGUACAAUGGAUUGAUGUUCAC